ACACACACACACACACAUACAUAUACGCACGCAUACUCAAAGGAUUUGUGGCGUAAAAAGCGAAAUGCGCAGCAAAUGCAAUUGCCACGCCCCACACCGCCAACCCGUUCUACAACGCAGAGGCUGCUGAUUACUACAUGUAUGUGUGUGCGUGGAUACACAGGAUACACAAAAUGCGCGUUAGCUCCAUAAAGUGAAGUGAAAAGCGCCAACAGCAGCAGCAGCAGCAGCAGCAACAACCAUAACAAAGGCCAACAGGCAAAACAGAACAAAGAGCAGGAAGAGCGGAGGGGAAAGGAGAGGAGAGGAGAAGAGAAGAAGAAACAAAAACAAUUCACAGCUCGUGCAAAGGAAUUUGCGUGAAGCCAAGUGGAGCGCGCAGAGGCAGACAGGGAGAGGGGACACAUUUGAGCAGGAAGAGAGGAAUCGAGCAUGGAUAGCUCGCCGGACUUGUCGCUGUCGCUGAAAUUGCGACGCGGCUCCAGCGACUCGCGCGAUAAUUUCUACAUGGACUUUGCGCAGGGCAUCGACUCGGACAUCGAGGAGGUGGACAACAGCAAUACAAAUCUGGACGAUGCUCUCGCCUCCGGCUCGGGCAUUCAGAUGGCUCUGCCGCCGCCGCUGCCGACAGUUCCGCUGAGCGAUGAGAUGAUGCUGAUGGUGGCACCGCCGCCACCGCCGCCGUCGACAACGGGCACGACGACGACGACAUCGAUGAUGACGACGAGCGCUCUGCUGGGCCAGCCGUUGCCCACGCUGACCGAGACGGACGAUAUGCCGCCAACACCGACGCCGCCGCCACAGCAGCAGCUGAGCAUGGAGGCCAACUCGCCGUCGGGCUCGCCCAGCAACUCGGUGCUCGAGCUGGAGCUGAUACCACCGCCGCCGCUGUCGCCCAUGGACGACGCCGGACUGCGCACCGACGACGACGACGGCGAGGAGACAGACGAUGCCGAGGAGGCGAUCAUUGAGCCGCCAGCAAUGAUGCAGCAGCAGCAGCAGCAGCAGCAACUGGAGCUGGAGACCGACGCAGAUGCUGAUGAAGAUGAGGACGACGAGGAUGAGGAUGACGACAAAUCCACACCGCCGCCGCCGCUGCCACCGUUGCCCUCGAAUCUGUCGUACGUGCAGGGCAGCGUCACGCCCCCACUGACCAAAUCACCAUCGACCUCGCCCUCGCCGCCGGCAACGCCGCCUCCGCUGCCGGAGCUCAACAUCUGCAAGAUGGUGUCGCCGCCAGCGCAGCACGUCAGCCAGAUACCGCCUCUGACCCCCUCGUCCGAGAGCGAGGAGGAGUCGCAGACGAACUCGCAGCCCAUUUCCACCAGGCAGCCGGAGGAGCAGCAGCAGCCAGAGCCGGAACCGGAACCAGUAUCCCAAACUGAGCCUGCACCAGAGCCAGAGCGUGAGCCAGAGCCGGAGCCGGAACCAGAGCCAGAACCGGAGCCGGAGCGUGAGCCCGAAGCUGAACCGGAGCCACAGCCCGAACCCGAGCACGAGCCCGAGCAGCAGCCAAUGAGCGGUGGCCAGCAGUUGGCUGCCGAGGAUUACAGCCGAUCUCUAGACAAUGAGGACGAGUCCACGACGAUCACAACGCCACCCAGCAAUGGCUACUCGGCAUCCUCGAUCAUUGCGCCGCCGCCCGAGAACUUUGGUGAGCUGGACGAGGAUAGUGUGGGACGUGGCUUCAUACCGCCACCGCCAGCUGGUCUCGAGGACGCAAAUGAACAGGAGCAGGAGCAGGAGCAACAGGAGCAGCAGCAGGAACAGGAACAGGAACAGGAGCAACAGUCGCACUCGAUCGACGCCGACGACGAUGAGCUGACCAAGGUCGAAACCGACGAGCUGUCCAUGGACAAGAUGUCGCUUCAUGUGGCCGACGAGGAGGGCAACGGUGAGCCAGCCGGCGACAGCAUCAGCUCCCCCAGGGCGGCCAGCAUUGCCAGCGGCGGGCUGAUGUCCACCGGUGGUGCGAUUGCUGCCAUGGGCACCAUGGGCACCAUGGGCGGCGCCUUGCCCGCAUCGCCCAAGUCGGACGGACGCGUGCCCAGUCGCAGCGGCAGCCAGCGCUCCCAUGCCGGCUCGCGCACUAGCUCCCAGCACGGCUCUCGCAUUGGCUCCCACCCGGGCUCCCAUGCGGGCUCCCAUGCGGGCUCACGUGCUGGAUCGCGUGCUGGUUCACGCACGGGCUCAAUAGCUUCGGCCGCGGCAGUCGGACCCGUGCUGUCGCCUCAGGCGUCGCUCAAGUCGCAGGCCUCAGUCAAGUCGCAGGCCUCCAUCUCGGAACGGAGUCCCGCUCUGUCGGUCAGAUCAUCGCAGCGCAGUGGCGAGCGCGUUCAGAGCCCGCCCGUGGGCGAGAGUGCCCCGGCCAUGCCCUCGCCCCCAUUGAUGCGCAGCUCACCGCCGGAGCUGGCCAAGAGUCCACCGCGGCAAAUGCACAGUCCGCCGCGCAUCACCACGCCCCCGCGCGUCUGCAGCCCCCCUCUCGUCAGCAGCCCACCCAAGCUGGCCGAGACGGCAGCCGCUGCAGCCGCAGCCUCCAUGCCCAACGCCCUCAAGGAGCAAGUCAUCAGCAGCAGCAGCGGCAGCAGCAGCGGCUGCGGUAGCGGCAGUCGAGCUAAUUGGCUCGCCACGAACGAAUUGCGCAACAAAGAGCGCCUCGGCAGGUUAUUGUCCUCCGCUGAUGUCACCUGA